UUCGCGCGGUCACGCACCAACAUGGCCGCCGUGGCGGCUGUACUCGGCGCAGUGGAAUAGGCGACGCGGGGGCGCGCUCUAUCGCGACCGAUUCGGCCGCAGAGUCGGCGUCAUUCCGAGAGGCUUUCAAGCCGAGCGCGAAUGCUGCGCGGAACGCUGCUCGUUGCUAGAGCGGCGGCAUUGCGCCGCGCGCCGCCGGCAGCAGCGUGUGGGAACCGCUCGCGAGGCUUGGGCGGGAUGGGCGCGGAGCCAGCAGCGGCAGAGGCGCGCGCGGGUGGAGGUCAGCUGUACGAUAUUAUAAUCUCUGGAGGCGGUAUGGUCGGGACGGCCAUGGCGUGCUCCUUAGGAAUGGAUCCAAAUUUGGAGGGAAAGAAGAUUCUCUUGCUGGAGGCAGGGAACAAAAAGGUGAUGGACAAAGCGCCCGAGGCGUACAGCACCAGAGUGAGCUCCAUCAGCCCAGGCUCUGCGAACCUCCUCAGCGGCAUUGGAGCAUGGGACCACAUUGUCAAUAUGAGAUGUAAACCUUAUCAGCGGAUGCAGGUUUGGGACGCCUGCUCAGACGCGCUGAUCACGUUUGAUAAGGAGAACCUGGAGGAGAUGUCCUAUGUUGUGGAGAACGACGUUGUUGUGGCCGCCCUGACAAAGCAGCUGGAUUCCCUGUCUGGUCAGGUGGAAGUCCAGUACCGGACCAAGGUGGUGAAGUACACUUGGCCUCGGUCCUACCAGGCAGCAGACUCCAUCCCCUGGGUGCAGGUGACACUGGCAAAUGGGGAGACGCUGCAGACACGAUUGCUGAUUGGUGCUGAUGGGCCAAAUUCAAUGGUGCGACGCGAAGCAGGGAUUCCCGCAGUGAAGUGGAACUACGACCAGUCAGCUGUUGUGGCUGUUCUGCGCCUCUCAGAAGUCACUGAGAACAAUGUUGCAUGGCAGAGAUUCCUCCCAACGGGCCCUCUUGCCAUGCUUCCUCUUUCGGACACAGAAAGCAGCCUGGUGUGGUCCACGAGCCACCGGCACGCCGAGGAGCUGCUGGAGCUGGAUGAGGAGAGCUUUGUGGAUGCCAUCAACUCUGCCUUUUGGAGUAAUGAGAACCACUCCGAGCUGGUGGAGACGGCAGGUUCCUUGUUCCGCACGGCUUUGUCCUUCCUGAUGCCAACUGGGACUUCUGCCCGCCAGCUUCCCCCCAGCGUGGCUGGCAUCGGACCGAAGAGCAGAGUCAUGUUUCCUCUGGGGAUGGGUCACGCUUCCGAGUACAUCAGGCACCGCGUGGCCCUCAUUGGGGACGCUGCCCACCGGGUGCACCCCUUGGCCGGACAGGGCGCCAACUUGGGGUUUGGAGACGUGGCCUGUUUGACAAAGGUCCUCAGCCAAGCAGUCUUUAACGGGAAAGACCUGGGAGCCAUGCAGCAUCUCCUAGAGUACGAGACGGAACGCCAGCGCCACAACUUGCCCAUGAUGGCCGCCAUCGACCUCAUGAAGCGCCUCUAUUCCACGAAUGCAGCCCCUGUGGUGCUUUUGCGGACCCUGGGGCUGCAGGCCACCAAUGCUGUUCCGCCCCUCAAAGAGCAAAUCAUGGCUUUUGCAAGCAAGUGACUGUCUUGGGAACCGUCGACUCAAGAGGGCUCUUCUGAUUGACUUCUAA